UGUCCAUUUUAUACUCCUGCUGCCGAGACCCUAGACCGGAGCAGCCGUCUAUUAGCAGCAACGACACCACGACGGACUGCAACAUCUGCUGCCAAGAACACAUUUUUUAACACAGUCAUUCACUGGAUAUAGGAGUCACCACGGCCUCGAGACCAACAAUGCCUCCUCCCAUGCGCCACCGGUCGAUGCGCGUCUUCAUGAACGACGACCGACACGUCAUGGCCAAACACUCUGUGAUCUACCCGACGCAGGAGGAGCUGGAGAGCGUUCAGAACAUGGUCUCCCACACAGAGCGCGCCCUGAAGGCCGUCUCUGACUGGCUGGAUAAGCAGGAGAAGGGAACAUCCAAGUCUGACUCUGAUAUCAUAGAAAUUGAUAAAGAAAGUGAGCACAGAGAUCAGGCGACCCGCUCUCUGCGUGGUGUGAUGAGAGUCGGCCUGGUGGCCAAAGGCCUGCUUCUGAAGGGGGACCUGGACCUGGAGCUGGUGCUGCUCUGUAAGGAGAAGCCCACCAUCAUGCUGCUGAAGAAAGUCUCUGAAAACCUCCUCGCACAGCUCAAGGUGAUCACAGAAGACAAGUACCUGAUGACUCAGCACAUCCGUGAGGCCAGCAUCGUUGUCAAGAACACGAAGGAGCCCCCCCUCACCCUCACCAUCCACCUGACCUCCCCUCUGGUCCGCGAGGAGAUCGAGAAGGGGACCACCGGAGAAUCGCAUUCAGUCAACGAUCCCCCGGAUGUUCUGGACAGGCAGAAAUGCCUAACUGCCUUGGCGUCUCUCCGCCACGCUAAGUGGUUCCAGGCCAGAGCUAACGGGCUGCGCUCCUGCGUCAUCGUCAUCCGGACCCUGAGGGAUCUUUGUGCUCGAGUUCCCACAUGGGCCCCGCUCCGUGGCUGGCCACUGGAGCUGAUCUGUUGAGAAGCUAUUGGCACCGGGAACCGACCCAUGGGGGCAGGAGAAGCUCUCCGGAGAGUUUUAGAGUGUCUGGCUUCAGGAAUCCUCAUGUCAGAAGGCGCUGGAAUCUCUGAUCCAUGUGAGAAAGAACCCACAGACGCUAUCGGCCACUUGGACCGGCAGCAGAGAGAAGACAUCACAGCGAGCGCACAACAUGCCUUAAGGCUGUCAGCUUUCGGACAGCUUCACAAAGUGCUUGGCAUGGACCCCCUCCCCUCAAAGAUGCCCAAGAAACCCCGUAGUGAGACACCUAUUGAUUACACAGUUCAAAUCCCACCCAGCACGGCGUACGCUCCACUGAAAAGGCCCAUUGAGGAAGAGGAGGAGGGAAUUGAUGACAAGAGUCCAAAUAAGAAGAAGAAAAAGCUGCAGAAGAAAUCUCCAGAGGAGAAGGCCGAGCCUCCCCAGGCUAUGAAUGCUCUGAUGAGGCUCAACCAGCUGAAGCCGGGUCUGCAGUACAAACUGAUCUCUCAGACCGGCCCGGUCCAUGUUCCCGUCUUCACGAUGGCUGUAGAAGUGGACGGAAGAAACUUCGAGGCUUCUGGGCCAUCUAAACGCACCGCCAAGCUGCAUGUAGCUGUAAAGGUCCUCCAGGACAUGGGCCUGCCCACAGGAGUGGAAGUAAAGACUGAGUCGAUAAAAUCGGAGGAGGCGGUCGUAGCGGUCACUGUGGAGGAAGUGAAGCCGGUGAUAACGCCCAUCGAAGCUCCCAGCUCUUCCCCAACAGCCGCCAACGCAGACGGCAGUGAAGCUGUAGAGACUGCUCGCCAACAGGGACCAAUACUCACUAAACACGGGAAAAACCCCGUGAUGGAGCUGAACGAGAAGCGCCGCGGCCUGAAAUACGGAAACUCAUCUCGUGAGACGGGAGGAAGCCACGAUAAACGCUUCGUCAUGGAGGUGGACAUCGACGAGAAGUUCCAGGGCACCGGGUCCAAUACAAAGGUGGCAAAGGCCUACGCUGCUCUGGCUGCUCUGGAGCGGCUCUUCCCAGAGGGCGCUAUGGCGAGGCUGCUAAAAAGAAAAGGACCACCAAUGCACACUCCAGGUUUUGGCAUCAUGGGAGCCUCGGGGGCCGGAGAUGCUGCUCCGCCCAGGGGCCGAGGGAGAGGAAGAGGAGGCAGAGGACGAGGAAGGGGCUUCAAUAAUGGAGGAGGCUACGGCCAAGGAGGUGGCUUCGGAUCAUACGGGUACGGGAACAAUGCCAACUCCGGAUACAGUUACUACAACAACAACAACAACGGUGGCACUAAUGGAGGAGAUACAUCGAACAGCCCCUCCUCCGGGGUCCUCAGGCCAGCAGCCCCCCGCUCAGAGCUCCUACGGUUCAUCUACCAGAACGACGGAGCCUACACUGCCUCUCCGGCCGCCAAAGCCCCCAAAAAGAAGCCCCCCAUGCACAAGGCAGGGAAGGCGGCGUUCCCAGGUCCUCCGGGGGCCAACAGUGGGUCUGCAGAGGGGUACCAGCAGGCCAGCAGCCCCCCAGGACAGGGAGCCUAUAACCAGUACAGCCAGGGCUAUGGGCAGGGGAAAAGAGCUUCAACCAGAGCCAGGGGGGGCGGGGGGUACUCGUACAGCACGGCGUAUCCCAGCCAGGUGACGGGGGGGGCCGGCAGCCAAGACUACACCUAUGAAGAUUUCAACAGCUCGUCCAGUUACAACUCACAGAGUGGAGGAGGGGGAGGUGGAGGAGGGGGAGGCGGAGGUGGCGGAGGCGGAGGCGCCAACAACACCCAGGGCUUCGGCACCAACCACUCCCAGUACAACAACCCAGUGGGCUACGGCCGGGGCGACAGCAGCAUGAACUACCAGUACAGAUAAGCUGCCCCCCCCCCCCCUCUGAGAAGCAUCAGGUUCUCCAAAGAAAGUAAUCGACGGCUUUACUCUGCCUUCUCCGUGUCUGCUUCUAACGUGCUUUUGGGUUUAAAUGUAGCACAUGUGGGCACAAGCUGAGGUGCGUGGACCGUGGAAGAGUCGGAGUUUCUGUUUCUGUGGUCUGGUCAGUGUUGUGUUUUUAGGUUAUUCUCUUAUUUUAUUUUUUCAAAAGUCAUACCACUCCUCAUCAGUGAAUAAGAAGGUUGAUACGACAAAGUACUCUGACUCGGUUUCCUUUCUGAAGAUUUAUGUGGCUUUUUAUUUCCCCUCAUGUGAAACUAUCUCGCAGUUUGUAAAACUACAAAGGUUGUUGUAUUUUUUUGUAACUAUUCAAUAGCAUUGCUUGUAAU